ACUCUCACAUACGACACACUUCGCUUUGGAGAGUUUGAAGAUUUUCCAGAGACCUCGGAGCCUGUGUGGAUCUUGGGGAAAGAAUUCAACGCACUCACAGGUAACUGGAGACAUCAGAUCAGCGAGGUGGUGUCAAUGUUGUGUGUUUUAUCCUUGCUACAUUACUGUGAAAUAUGGAAUGAUUCCAUUAGUCAAAAUGUAAAUGCAGAAGUAUAGGCCUAUAGAACAAACACAUAGGCUUAGCUACAGUACAUAGAUGGUACGUAAAGGCAUACUGCAAGCAGCAAAAGGCUAGUCUGAGUCCCAGUCUUUUUAGCUAACAUUCCACUCCAUGUCAUUCGCCAAAGAGACUGCCCUUGCAGCAAUCUCAACGUUCAAUAUGCAGCUGGAUUUACGGCGCAGUUUCUGAUUGGCAGUUGGAAACAACAUUUAAAAUUUUCCAUGACAACAUUAAUAUAGAAUUACAACUUAAAGAACAACAGUAACCUGCUGCGGUCAUUCCCUCGUGAGAAGACAGUGUCAAUUCAAGAUCAUGUUGUUCGAAGUGGCUAGAGAGGAUGCCAUCUCCCGAGUGGCGCAGUGGUCUAAGGCACUGCAUUGCAGUGCUAGCUGUGCCACUAGAGAUCCUGGUUCGAAUCCAGGCUCUGUCGUAGCCGGCCGCGACCGGGAGACCCAUGGGGCGGCGCUCAAUUGGCCCAGCGUCGUCCAGGGUAGGGGAGGGAAUGGCCGGCAGGGAUGUAGCUCAGUUGGGUUCGAUUCCAGUAUGGAAAAAAAAAAAAAAAAAAAAAUUGUAAGUCACUCUGGAUAAGAGCGUCUGCUAAAUGACUAAAAUGUAGUGAGAGAGAGAAAUAAUGAUACGGAAAUUAGCCUACAUGAUUCAAAUGAGCUAAGUUUGCUUCAGUUGCAUCUCAUUAAUGAGUGGAAAGAAACGCAAAAACUGGCACCUGUCAUCAUUCCUCACACUUGCUAAUCAUCAUGACUUUGACAUUUUGUUAUGCCCAUUUUCAGUUAUUUUCCUCUCUAUUGUUAAGAUGGAGCCCAGACAGGGUACACGGGAUACUUUCUGAAUUCAAACUGCCCACGUAGCCUAAUUAUUUAAAAUGUUUCAUUUAAUUGAGUCUGACGGAAGCUUAAUGUUUUUAUUUUUUUAUUGUGGGCAUGAAGAUAUUUCAACAUCAUGUCGAGACGAUAAAAGGCUACUCUCGUCACUCGUGAUUGGCUGCCGAAUGUAUAGGCGUCCCCAUAGGCCGAAUGUUUAAAUUGAGGAAAUGUGGUCAUAAUUAUUAUUUUAGCUAUCCACCGUGGACGUCCGUCCUAAUGAAAAGGCUCCCCAUCCUGCGGCUGUGAGCUGCUGGACAGCACACUGGCACUUUUAUGCGUUUUAUGGAUGAGAAAGUGAACUUGCAAUUUCCAAAAAGGAGCUCAGUGGGGAAUCAGGGAUUGCCUGCUUUGCGAUCUGUUGCCUACAUCAACAGCCAAGGUUUCAUUAAAAAGGCCUAGGCACUAUACUUUUGUUAUUGCACAUUUUAAUUAAACUGACAAAGAUCUGGCUUGCAUAGCACAGGUGUUGGUCACCUAAACUCACUGUAGUAAGCCAGGCCUAAUGUACACUGAGUGUACAAAACAGUAUACAAACAACGCUCUUUCCAUGAAAGACUGGCCAGGUGAAUCCAGGUGAAAGCUAUGAUCCCUUAUUGAUGUCACCUGUUAAAUCCACUCCAAUCAGUGUAGAUGAAGGGGGAGGAGACGGGUUAAAGAAGGAUUUUUAAGACUUGAGACAAUUGAGACAUGGAUUGUGUAUGUGUGCCAUUCAGAGGGUGAAUGGGCAAGACAAAAUAUUUAAGUGCUUUUGAACAGGGGUAUGGUAGUAGGCCCAGGCGCACCGGUUUGUGUCAAGAACUGCAAUGCAUUUGGGUUUUUCAUGCUCAAUAUUAGGAAGGUGUUCUUAAUGUUUUGCACACUCGGUGUAUAGGCUAGCAUACGAAUGGUAGAUUAAUAUCCCAGCCUAUGAAUUAACUUCUGAUUUACACAACUCUGUAUUCACUGUUCCCUUGCACAACCCAUGCAUCUCCACCUGGCUCUCUCUUCCAUCCUCUCUCUAUUCCUCUUGAACCAGUAGCCUAGCCCAGUAGCCUAGCCCAGUAGCCUAGCCCAGUAGCCUAGCCCAGUAGCCUAGCCCAGUAGCCUAGCCCAGUAGCCUAGCACAGUAGCCUAGCCCAGUAGCCUAGCCCAGUAGCCUAGCCCAGUAGCCCAGCCCAGUAGCCUAGCCCAGUAGCCUAGCCCAGUAGCCUAGCCCAGUAGCCUAGCACAGUAGCCUAGCCCAGUAGCCUAGCCCAGUAGCCUAGCCCAGUAGCCUAGCCCAGUAGCCUAGCACAGUAGCCUAGCCCAGUAGCCUAGCCCAGUAGCCUAGCCCAGUAGCCCAGCCCAGUAGCCUAGCCCAGUAGCCUAGCCCAGUAGCCUAGCCCAGUAGCCUAGCACAGUAGCCUAGCCCAGUAGCCUAGCCCAGUAGCCUAGCCCAGUAGCCUAGCCCAGUAGCCUAGCCCAGUAGCCUAGCCCAGUAGCCUAGCCCAGUAGCCUAGCCCAGUAGCCUAGCCCAGUAGCCUAGCCCAGUAGCCUAGCCCAGUAGCCUAGCCCAGUAGCCUAGCCCAGUAGCCUAGCCCAGUAGCCUAGCCCAGUAGCCUAGCCCAAUGCGUGUCCCAGAAGUAACAAUAUAUUCUGAACAAAAAUAUCAACACAACAUGCAACAAUUUCAAAGAUUCGGUUCAUACAACAUGCAACAAUUUCAAAGAUACAGUUCAUAUAAGGAAAUCAGUCAAUUGAAAUAAAUUAGUUAGGCCCUAAUCUAUGGAUUUCACAUGACUGGGAAUACAGAUUUGCAUCUGUUGGUCACAGAUAACUUUUUUUUUAAAGGUAGGGCCGUGAAUCAGAAGACCAGUCAGUAUCUGGUGUGACCACCAUUUGCCUCAUGCAGGGUGACACAUCUCCUUCGCAUAGAGUUGAUCAGGCUGUUGAUUGUGGCCUGUGGAAUGUUGUCCCACUCCUCUUCAAUGGCUGUGCGAAGUUGCUGAGAUAUUGGCAGGAACUGGAACACGCUGUCGUACACUUCGAUCCAGAGCAUCCCAAACAUGCUCAAUGACUGACAUGUCACUGAAGUGUGCACGCCAUGGAAGAACUGGGACAUUUUCAGCUUUCAGGAGUGUGUAUAAAUCUUAGGGCUGUGCAUUAUCAUGCUGAAACAUGAGGUGAUGGCGGCGGAUGAAUGGCACGACAAUGGGGCCUCAGGAUCUCGUCACGGUAUCUCAGAAUGCCCAAUGUUAGAAUAUUUCCAAUCAAAUGUAUGAAUUAAGUUAGAAAGUUUUCCUAUCAGUCUAAUUUGCAUAAACAUUGUGAUUUGAAUGAUAGCUGUGAGGGUUAUUGAAUCAGGAUCAAAUCCUCUGAUCUUCUCGAGAUUGCCGAAAGGCCAGUCUCUUUUGGCAAAUGACACCAAGUGCCAAGGAGUGGAAUGUAAUAGCUGAAUGGAGACGGCCACCAGGCUAACAGAAGGCAUCGCUUCUUAGCUAACUCAUUGUCUUUGUUUAUCUAGAAAGGGAUGACAUUCUUUCAGACGUCACUUCACGAUUAUGGUUCACCUACAGAAAAAACUUCCCACCCAUUGGUGAGUAGCCCAAACCUACUAUAGCAGGCCACAGAAUAGACCCUUGGUACUGCAGUAGCAUAGCUAGCAUUUUGAUUGUAAUGCCAAUAAGAUUAGCCUAUCAGGUGCAGAUUGUUUCAAUGUGUUCCAGGAGGGACGGGGCCUACGUCCGACACAGGCUGGGGCUGCAUGCUGCGAUGUGGACAGAUGAUCCUAGGCGAGGCCCUGGUCUGCAGGCAUCUAGGCCGAGGUAUGGAUGACUGCUUUACUAAUUAUUUACCGUAAUCUGUUCCCUGAAGCAUACAGCUAGUGGUAAUGCUUUCAACAUUAGCUUCUAUUAUUCAAGAUGUACUGCACCGAACGAUCUCUGGCACUGUGUGGUACAGAUCUCUUAUUGCACUGUAGUAAGUACACUGUUCAAUGGAGCACUUGUUUCACAUAGCAAACUAUAAUGGUGUUUCUGUUAAGCAGACUGGAGAUGGGUGAGAGACCAGCCUCAGAGAGAUGAGUACAUCAGUAUCCUCAACGCCUUCCUUGACAAGAAAGACAGCUACUAUUCUUUACAUCAGAUUGGUAAAUACCGA